UUUCCCUUUGCAGCCACUAACUCAGCGACAUUGAAUUUGCAAAAACACCUAUUGUUGACGCAACAGGUAAGCCAAAUUUGCCUGAUAAAAGGACUUGCAAGGCAAUUGUCAUUCAAAGUAAGGCUUAGAGCCAACGGUUCAGGAAGUUUUCACUGCUUGUGCUGACAAAAUGUAACCCAAAUUUUAAUCUGGAAACGAGGCGUUUCAUUUCUUUGCUGUGAUUAGAUUUCAAAACACCCUGCGCAUUUCUUCGUUCCCGCAAAAUUCACGGCCAUGGCGCAAAGAUCUCUGCUUGGAAUGACAAGAGAGGUUCUAGGAGAGCUAGUAACGUGCGGGAUAUGCUUUGAGAAGUAUGAUGAACGCACGAAGCAAGCUAAAGUUUUGCCAUGUUUCCACGGGUUCUGCGCAGAAUGCUUGGGCAAGCUUGUCCGGGGUAAUUCGCAGUUGCAGUGCCCGGUCUGUCGGCGUGAGGCUCCCGUCCCGGAAGGCAGUGUGCAGGGUCUACCCGACAACUUCAUCGCCAAGAAUCUGAAGGAAUUGGAACACAUCCUUGGCAGGGAUGAGACUACGGCCAGCAGCCUUCGCUGCGGCUCCUGUAGAGUAGGAGGGGGCUAUGCUGUCAGCUUCUGCUCGCACGAUGAAUGUGUCACUUUCCUGUGCCAGUCCUGCGACCAGGCGCACCACACGAUGCUCAAAUUCGACGGUCAUGUCGUAAACUCGUUACAAGAGUUGCAAGAGCGACCAGGGAUUCUACUGCUCCGGCCCAAACUUCACUGUCAGCAGCACAAACAUUCCUUGUCCGUGUUUUGCGCUGAGGAGAGAUGCCAGCAGCCCAUAUGCUUGGUUUGCGCCACAACAGCUCACACUGGUCAUAAUAUAAUCAGUCUGGAUCAGAAAGAAUCGGAGGCGAAGGAGGAGCUACAAAAUCUCACUCAGAUGGUACAAAAUCAGACCUCCACUGUGAAGGAGAUUCUCACGAAGAUUGACUCUGAGAUCAACAAUACACAAAACCGCAAAGUAGAGAUGUCCAGCGACAUCUCGAGGAUCUUUCGUAAUCUUCAGGAGCAGCUCCAGAGCAGGCAUGAUGAUGUAAUUGCAGAUCUUGAGAAGCAAAGCGAGGAACGGAUAGAGCAACUCCAUCAGCAAGCCGAAAACGCUGAACUGUUUGUGUCUCAACUCGAGACCGUAAGCUUGUUUGCAGAGAGAACCUGCGAAAUCGGAAACGCCGUUGAACUUCUUCAAACCCGGGAGCAAAUUAUCCCAAGGCUCCAUGAACUUAUCGAUCACGACAUCGACGCUUCUGUGGCAUUUCAGCCCGCUAGCAAGACAUUUCUUUCCCUGACAAGGGAUCACGACGAGACUUUAAAGGUAGUGGAGGGACUCUUGCCUGAACUGGGACAAUUCCACAAAGUGGUUGCUGAGGUAAAGCCUACAGUACCCGACGACCAGGUUUCCAGUGACAUUACGUGGAACGACGCUUUUGUCCGCUGUGAGCAUACAAUUGUCAUCAGGUUUGAAGGCUGUGAAAAUUGCCUCCCAUGUCUAAAAGACCUGCAGGCCUUGUACUCUGUCCUGGAUGACACCUCCUCCCCUGAGACUGAGGCGGAGAUUAAGAAAACUGAUGACCGGAAAACGUUCCGAAUUGUGUAUACUCCCCCGACAGCAGGGCAGAUCACCAUGGCAGUCCUUUUCAAUAGUAAACCUAUCCCCAACAGCCCCUUCACAAUUAACGUCAACCCCCUACAUCCAGGCUCCACAACACUGUCCACACCAGAUCUGGGUAGAUGCCCUCCAAAUACUGCGGUCCUUGAUAUGCCUUACACACUAACCAUCCUGACAUUUGACGGUUCAGGUGAACGGGUGACAACUGGUGGCUACGAGAUCACUGCCUUUAUAACAACUGCCAGUUCAGAGCAACCACACAGCGUUACUGAUAACCAAGACGGCAGCUACAAAGUGACUGUUAUACCCCGUUCAACUGAGAUGCAUUUCGUCCAGCGCAUUGGUAUAUGUGGCUAUCCAGUUAUUCAAGCACCGCUGAAGAUUUCAGUGCGUGAUAGUUUACCGUUUGAAGAUCCUCCCGGUGGCUACAAGAAACCAUCGGGAAUAGGUGUUGACAACAAAAGUGAAAGUGUGUUCGUAGUCGACACUAGACAAGACGGAAAAAUCUAUAUUUUCGACAGCGAGGACGGCAGUUACGUGUCCGAGCAUGAGUUGGAGAAAUACCUGCACAGGAAAUCCUCGCAGAUUGCGGUGGACCAUUCUGGGAAAUUAGUGCUGCUGGUAUCUGACCUGAAAACGGUGUUUUACAGCUAUAAGGGAUGCAUUACACACAAAUGGAAAUGCAUAUAUGACAACGAGAAACCAGCAAACCUGGCGCUCUCGAAAUUAGGCCACGUGAUCAUUGGUGACAGCAAGUCACAUGAGCUGUUCAUCUAUCAUUCACGGGGCGUGGUCCUACGUCGAAUUCAGCUUCCGAAGGGUUCGCUGGCCAUGGGUAUCAACAACGUCUGUGUUGACUGCAACCAGAGCAUUCUCGUUGCCACACACUCAAAGCCCAACCAGAUCCUGCGGUACACCGUGGGCGGACGGGAGACCGCAAGGCUAGUUUCGCCCGCCCAAACAGACCAGCUGGCCGUGGCGGCGACGCCAGAGGGGGCCCUGAUCGUGUCCGUUCUGCGGGGAAUUCUGGUCAUGGAGUUCGGAUCAAAAGAGGGAGACGUUGCAGUCGUCAAGGAGUUCCAAACGGACCACAUCUUCACGCAAUUGGCAGUGGUCACGGACGGCUGCUUUGUGGCCUUCGACCCAGGGGAGCAACACCUAGCAAAAUAUAAUUACCUGUACAUACCCGAGCGGGCUGAUGCCAAGAAACAACACGGAGAGAAAACUUCCAACUCAAAGCCGUAACAUCUGUUAAACAAAAACGUAAUGAAUCUAUCUUAAACCAAUUGAUAGAAAAAAAAAAGAAAUGCUUUUCGGGUACGUGAAUCUGUCCAACCGUCGGUAAUAAUGAGUAUAAACGGUCAAACGGUAGAAAAUAAAUGUACAUCAAUUUUUCAUGGGUCAUUCCAUGAGGUUGGGGCACAACUUGUGAGGUCACCGUGCACUUGUACAUUAUGCCUUGUGGGGUACUGGAACAAUGGAAGAUACCCCACAAGGCCAGUUUUGAUCCUUGUGGAAUACUAAAG